GUGUUCUGCUGCUGCGAACUUGAUAAAUGUAUGCGUACAAUAAAGCUCAUUUUCAAUGAACUGGCAUUUCUUCUGACAUUCAGAAAUGUCGUCUCGGAGGCUUUCUCGUACGACCAGCCAGAAUUGCAUGCGGCUUUACCGCGUGCCACCACCUGCCCUCGAUUAUUAUUGCUCAUGCAUGAUGCUGUAACCGACCAACUCGGGCUGCUCAGAUCUCAAGUGCACGUCUGUUCUCGUCUAUUCCUGCGGUUGCAAAGCGGACGAGCUCAACGAGCGGAAUUCGCAUCCGGGCUCUGCAAACGCUGUGCUGGCAGGAGGAGUCUCCCAUCAUUGCAUGUCCAUUCUUGCUUCCAUCUGAACGUCGAAAGUUGUCUCAAUGGCGGCUAGGCCUCAUUCAAUGGCUCAAGACACUAUUGGUACCUCUGUUCUAGCCCAGUGUCCCCCAACCGUCUCUCUAGCUUCACCCAUACUCGGCUCGAUUAUCUCCCUCCCCGACAACCCCCUUAUCGCCUACUCUGUAUUCACAAGCGCAUCCUCGCAGCCUUUGCGCGAUCCUCUCAAUCUCAUAGAACUCGCUCGUCGCAAGAUUCUCUCGCAAAAUGCGAAACGCCAUUUCCUCGAUUCGCUGCUACCAAGCGUCCAUAUUACGAAGGAUGUGUCUGCGCUGUAUGUCUUUGCGUUCGGUUCCACCGACCGGACUUCCGAGGCACAUGCUGCUUUGAAUGCAUUGCAAUUUGACGGGUUAGCUUCCACCGGGCCCACAAACUUCACCCCAUCUGCCAUCUAUCCAUGUUCCGCCAAAUGCGCUGACCAACUCACUCCAUGCACCGAAUGUCUCACUCACGUACCCCGCAACCUUUCGUCUGCAUCCUCAUCAGCCAUCCUCUUCCCACGCAAGCCCCUCCGUCUACCCCUGCAUUACCUCCUCAAUGCCAUCCGCUUACGAUUGAUCGAUGACAUCGCCACCGAAUCUAUGCUCAAGCCUCGUAGUCGACGCGCGACGCGGCUCAGGGACGGCUUCCUUCUCGGUCCUUCUCCCUCAGCAUCCGAAUCUGAAUGGGGCGCAGGCUGGGAGCAUCGCGCGCGAGGUCGCCCGCUCAUACACGCACAUUUGGACGUGCAACUCGCCCAGACGCGCAUCGUGAUACAUCCAAUUCUGAGGCCGACGUUCUACCUCCCGCUGCAGUGCCCACUCUCUGUGCCCUCGGGCACGCCGAUCACGAUUCUCCCUCAUGGAGUGCCUGCCUAUUAUCUCAACACGUACACGGGCCCAACGUCAGCGCUCACGACUCAGUUCGAGGAAGCGCUCCUCGGCUUUGGCGCGGGCGAUUGGAAGGGCGCACUGGAUAUGAAGAUGCAACAGAACGGGGUUGGUGCAUCUCAGGUGGAUCGAAAGGUUAUGUAUGUGAUUGCGUGGCUUGCGGUGCAGAACAAGCAAGGCGAGGACAAGGGUACGCCGAUUAUCUGGCCUAUACGCCUCUGUCUUGCGUACCACCCCAACUCGCCGUCCAUACAUGCGCGGACACCCCUCCCAUACGAGCCUGAACUUCCUGCACAGUUACAAGCAUCCCCGCCUCCCCCCUCUGUCACAAUCCCACCCACCCUCGUUGCUUCAGCAGCGAACGUUGCGACGCCCUCGUCCAUGCCGGAGUCCGAGCAGCUCGUAUCGCCGAUCUUGCGUCGUCCGCAGAUGCAUACAUAUACGGUUUCGCCGGCGUCGGAGAGCCUGCAGGCUUUCCGCAACCUAACGCUUGCAACGAGGCCGUACUUGCGGGACGUGCAAAGGGUCGCGGUGGGAGCAAGUGCAUAUGUCGAUUCGGUUUCGAAGGAGCGAGAGAGAGAACGCGAGAGGUUGAAGCGGGAGCGGGAGAGUGCCGGGUUGAGGGCACGAGGGCCAGGAAAUAAUGUUUCUAUCUCGACAAGUGUCAGUAUUCCCCCGGAGUCAACACCUACUAUUCCAGAGGUGCUACCAUUAGCGCGACCAGUGACGCCAGUCCCGUCGGUUGCUGAACGCCUGGAAGAGCCUCAACAACCACCACACGAACCCGCAGAAGAGACUGAGGAGGCCGCACCCCCGUCAUCCGAGGACUCUUCCAUCAAUUCGCUCUUCUCACCUCCAGCAGAUGCCUCUCCCUCUCCGCCCAUCGAAGAUGAGGAAGAAGAAAAGACUGGCGAUGUGCAACCCAACAAUCCUGCAGAGGCUCAGAUGGAUGUCGAUCUGACCGAACCGCUCGUUGGACCUUCUCCAACUGAGCCGCCCGCGAACGUUGACAGAGAUAUCGUGCCACCUCUAGACACCUUUGCUGACUUCGACAAUUCCUGGCAAGCUGGAACCAACGACUUCAUGGAUGUCGAUAUGUCGUCGUAUGACAUGGAGGGCUAUAACAUAGGCAUGAACAUGGGCACGCGUGGCGGCGGCGCCUUCGAUAUAGAUAUGGACGACGGGUUCGGCGUCUUCACGGAUGACGACUUCAAUUUCUUCGAUGCACCCGCCGCGCAAUCACAUACGCCCAUCGUAUCCCGAUCCUCAACCUUCAACGACCAGGGUAUGAAAGUUGAGGGUCUGAUACCAGCCAGUGGAGCAAUGCAAUUGGGCUUUUCCCCUCAGCGGAUGGGUGAAUCAGUACAUCUGUCGGGUCCGGGGCCGCCUUCAGUUGAGACGACGCAGCCAUCACCAUGGCCGCACCAUGCUGCCGGAGAGGGGCUCACGCCCAAUUUGGAUGAGCUGCUGCCCGCACCCGAACUGCUUGCCCCAUCGCCAACGAAGACGUCUACGACACAAUCUGCUCCCGCCACACCUACUGUCCAGAUUCUCGACCAACACGGUGUCCAUGCAAGUCAUAAAGUCAGCCCGUAUGCCUUGGGACCGAGCGACUUCGACCCUAUCCCGUUCGCACCCAGCCAUAAACUAGCCGACAGCAAGUAUUUGUUUGGAAAGUUCGCGCUGCCCAGUCCUCCCGAUAGCGAAGACCGGCUAGAACAGGUGUACUUCCCGUCUUCUGCCCCGUCUGUCAUGAGCGGGUGGAAGUACAAAUACAACCUUGCGACUGACCCGAGGAUCGGGGUCGUACGAAAGUUGAUUGGGAUUAAACGGAAGGGAUUGGAGCAUGGCGUGCGUGAGGUGCAUUCCUCGCCAUCAUGGGCUAGGGAAUAUGAGGAGUGGGAGAGCUGGGCGCCGUCACCGACUUUGGAGAACUCAAGGUCAGACAUAGAUUCCGACGAGGACGAUGGAUGGAUGGAUGACGAUGAUGCAACUGCAUACUCGCGGCCAUCGACACCGCCACCAUCAUAUCUGCCGCUCGGUCCAACCUUGUUACAGACUCAGUUCCAUCACGCCCGCCUCUUGCCGCUAUGCGCACCAUUAAGGCCUCCAGGGUCAGCCGGUAGCAAUAUAGGCAGCAGCGCAGUACCGAUAUCCGUACCGACGCCUGUCUCGCCCGCUGCCAUCAUGGGGGCUUCCUCGGAGAGAGCAAAGUCUCUUGAGGCUGCCGCCAAAAUGCUCGUGAAGGAGAUUGUAGAGAACGCCGUGUGGGCAGACGCCUGGAGGGUCAAUUUGUCCGCGUCCGGUACUUCUGUGAGGACAGCUACGGAUGUGUGGCAGGCCGAUGUUAAGGGUGUUAUGUCUCUGUUAGAUGGCACUGGAGCGAUGCAAUCGCCUAUCAGCCUCCGCGCAUUGUCUCAUCCCGGGCAUUCCAUCCCUGUGGACGUCUCCGAUCGCACGGCUUUCUGCUUGUUAGAGCCGCCCAUGCUUAACGUCGAGAAAUCUAACGCUGUGAUCCAAGUCAUGCCAUCUGCGCUACGGUUUUGGGAAAAGCUUGGCCUUGGACCCCGUGCUGGCAAGAAGGACGUCACUGCAUAUGUCUUCUUCGAGGCUUCAGGAGACGAAAGAGAGGAUGAAGUAUGCAGGUGGCUGGCCAAGGUCUCUGCGACAUAUGCGGCUAGGAACUAUGGAAUACAUAUGCCCGGAAGUACAAACAAUCCAUCGAAGCCUGGCCUGGUCCCAGUACGUUUUGAGGAACUCAAAAAGUCACUGGCAAACUACGUUGCAACUCUACCUCGUCACCCCGGAACAUACCUUGUUUUCUAUAUCAUCACACCACCCUCUGUCAUGGCUCUUCGUUCUACGGUCUUGCGCAAUUUUUUCACGGCAGUGAAACGUGCAAAUAAGGCGCACCCCGAUACAGACGUGCUAUAUCAUUUUGCCCCGGAGACUCUCAUAGCUGAUGAGUAUGGCGAUCCCCGCUUGCUUCAUAGAGGAUUGGAAGCAUUCGUCGCAGAUGUUUACGAUCGAAUCCUCCAGCCUGUGGAACGUUCCAUGUCACGUAGGUUGUUUGCACACAGCAUGCGCAUUCGGACGAGUCUCCAUGCGCCUGCAUUUGCGCUUGCUCGUCCAACUUCGGCAAGUUCAGCGCGGAAUACUGAGCACGUCCCUCACGUAACGUUUGCUUUCGAGUCGAGACCCAGCUCUCUCGACGUGGUUGACAGGCAUACCAUGCUGCACGCUGCCUAUACGCUGACGCCUUGCGGGCGAUGGCUUGUAGCGGCAUGUGUAGACGAAAGGGGAGAGGAAAGUGCCGUGGAAGCAUGGCUGGUGCCUGAAGAAUCUGUCGAGGCGUUCGUCGUCAACCAAGUGUGGUCCUUUGCGCGUAGCUUCGCUGCACGUGCCAAUGUGGAAUGGAAGCUCGUGGUGGCAAGGAUGGGGGUGAUUGGAAUGAACGAAGUGGACGCAUGGAUUGACCAUCUCGAGAACGUUGUGUCCACCUCGGCCGACAUCCCUGCUCUUCACGUCACUCUUCUGACUGUAGAUUACGAACAGCCAUGGUCGUUCCUAGCACCAAGCCGUGGUCCUCUCACGAAAUCCAAAUCGCCUCCCGGCUCUGUCUCGGCACGCCUCUCUCCACGCACGCAGUCAGGAGCAGUGAUGAUCGACACAAGCUCAACGACGUAUGCGCUCUUCCCGUCAACUGCUGCUGAUCCUACUCUGUGUCUAUCUAGCCACAGCGCGAGCUCCGCCGGUGUGCUAAAUCGAGGCGCGGCAGAUCUGUCGUUUGUCCCCGAUUGCGAAGGCGAUGAACUUCUUCAACGGCACGUCUAUGCUCGCGUGCCUAGCAUGAGCAGUCUAAUUCAUGUCCCCGCGCGGACUGACCAUACGACCAUCUCGAUGGUGAACGUUUAUCAACUGCAUAUCGCAUGCUCUCCGAAGUCGUCGUUCAGGCGGCCUUCCCACGCAUCAGUUGAGUCGCAGAAAGAAGACGGGGAGACAACGACGGGCGAGGAGGAGCAGACGCUACGUGACGUCAUGCAUAACUUCCACGCUUUGGCGACAUUAGCCCGCGCGAGGUGGGGAUCUCGCGAUUGUCAUGGGCUGCCGUUGCAUCUUGUCGCAUUGGAGGCGAUGAGCAUGGCAUUGUCGGGAGAGCCUGUGGAGUCCUGAGCGUGUGCAAGCAUCCGUGCAAUAAUUGUUUCUGGAUGGAAAUACCACUGGAUAAUCUUAUCACUGCUGUUCGCUGAUGCUGCGCAAUGUACCUAUUAUUCACUCACCAAAUUUACUACAAUGCACCACUCCCACUUCCGCACGUGUUCGCAACAGAAGAUCCCGACCACAGACGUGAGUACGAUGUGGGUACAUUUGC